CUUUUCCACCUCGACUAGUCCACCGGAACUCGCUCCGAUCUCGCUCGCGUGGCCGAAAAGCAAAGAGAGAGAGAGAGAGAGAGAGAGAGAGAGGACAAUCAAUCACCGUUUGAAAAUCUAAAUCCAUGGAAGGAACAUCAGCAGAUCAGGAAACCGCACCCCGAAUCCCGAAUUUCGGUGUCACCGCCCCAACUCCAAUCCCAUUUGACGCCGCCGUUCCUCCUCCUCCUCCGCCGCAGUCAAUGACCGCUCCACCGCCGCCUAUUCUUCCUCACCGUCAUCAACAAACUCCACCUCAAACAGCAGGCCCGCCGCCGCCGACGACUUUCAGCAGGAAAAGGGGACCUGAGAGUGAUGGCGGAAGCUACUUCAAGAUUCGGGCCGUGAUCAAAGAUAUUCGUCCCCAUUUACUCGAGGUUAUUCGAACGGCUGAUUUUCGGAGCUGCAAAGGAGCUCAUCAGAUUCAAGAAAAGCUGAAGCUGCUGAUGGAAUUAUGCAAGCAGAUGACAGCAGAGACCGGAGGGAACUAUGGCAAGUCUAGAUUUGCAGCUCAAAAUGGGGGCGCCCAAGACAUCUUUGCAAAACCAUCUGACGACAGAAUCUUCAACAAGGUUGUAGUCACCGAAAGGCCCGAGAACUACCAGAAUCAACUUGUUGGGUCCUCGGCUUUCGGCUGGAACUUCAUUACUUACCCUGGUUGCAGCGAACCGGUCUACUACGGAAGAACGAAAGAAUCAUUUCGAGCUGCUCGGUUAGCAGCAGCUGCUGCUGCACCAUGAUCCGAUCCAACUCAUGUGCAGUGUAUACUCGCGCGAUGGACAGAUGGAGUGUUUGCUAACGGAUCCGAAUGACCCAUUGUUGUUCUUUUGUAUGGUUGAAAAUGGCUCCUUAGAGAUCUCUUGGCACAUUGUAAAAUUUUGUGAUUCGUCUGUAGUGUAUUGUUGUAGUUAGCUUUACAUGACUAACUUGGAAUCUCAGAGGGUUUGAAAUCUUUCAAUAGUCAAAUCCCUUUUACUAUUCUUGUGUGUGGGCUACGGAAUUACAAC